AUGAAGGCCUUUCUUAAGCGACUCGAGGUCGAUAGCGACGGUGGCCCUGUGCCAGACCGAUGGAUCAACAACGAUAUUAAGCCCAUCGAGGCCAGUCGCCGAACCUGGGGCUUUUGGACCUUCCAUAACUUUUGGGUCCUGGUGAAUUCGAAUAUCUCAUCUUUUAUGACGGGCAGCUCUUUGAUUGCCCUUGGACUGACCUGGUGGCAAGCCAUUAUUGCGAUCGUAAUAGGCCAGCUCCUGUCAACCAUCCUGGUCGUUGUCAACUCCCUCCCAGGCGCUUAUUAUCAUUUGGGGUUCCCGGUUGCCAAUCGAUACGUGUGGGGCAUGUAUGGCAGUGCAUUUGUGAUUUGGAAUCGCAUUCUGCUUUCAGUUGUCUGGUACGGUUUCCAAUCAUGGAUCGGCGGCGAAUGUGUCUAUGUCUGCCUCCAAGCAAUUUGGCCCAAUCUGGAACAGCGCAUCCCAAACCACCUCUCUGCAUCGACCGGCACUACGUCAGCCAGCUUCGUCUCGUAUGUCAUAUUCAUGGUAAUCUCCCUGCCGGUGAUCUAUGUCCGUCCGCAUAACCUCAAAUAUCUCUUCUACGGCUCCGCAGCCACAAUUCUGAUCUUUGAAAUCGUCUUGUUGAUCUGGUCGCUCGCAACAAUGGGUGAUACUGGGUUCGGCUCCACGAUAUCGGGCCCUGAGUCCAGUGGAGGCUCGGGCUGGAACAUUGCAUUCGGCAUUAUCAGUACCAUUGGCUCAAUUGCUGCCGGUAUACUGAAUCAGAAUGACUAUGCGCGUUUUGCGCGAAAGCCUCGAGAUGCGGUAUGGGGGCAGCUGAUCAGUUUCCCGUUCUAUGCCAUUACAUGCGCUAUCGUUGGAAUUUUGGUCACUGCAGCUACGCAAGAACGCUUCGGUGAGGCCAAGUGGAAUCUUCCCACGCUUCUGAGUGCAGUCAUCGAGCACGGAGGGUCUCGCUCUCGAGCUGCGGCGUUCUUCGGCGGUGCCGCAUUGGUGAUCUCUCAGAUUGGUGUCAACGUUCCCGGGAAUGCUUUGGCUGGCGGAUUUGAUCUGGCUGCGACGUUCCCGCAAUAUAUCAAUAUCCGCCGUGGAGCUUAUCUCACAGCUUUGGUUUCAAUUGCUUGCAAUCCCUGGAAACUGGUCAACACGGCAACUACAUUCUUGGCUGUUCUCAGCAGCUACUCGGUGUUCCUGGGGCCAAUGACUGGCCUGAUGAUCUCGUCGUACUUCAUCAUCAACCAGCGCAAGAUCAAGGUUGAUGACCUUUUCAUCGGAAAUAGCUCCAGUAUCUACUGGUACACGAUGGGGGUAAACUGGAGGGCAGUUGUAGCUUGGAUUUGUGGUACAGUCCCAUCAUUGCCUGGGUUUGCUGCUUACGUCAAACCCAGUGUCGUCGUGCCCACUGGCCUAACACAUAUAUACUAUAUUUGCUUUUUGUCUGGUCUGGCUAUUAGCGCCGCGGUAUACUGCUCUCUGCACUAUUUAUUUCCGGUACUCGCGGUCCGGGACUUCGUGCAGACGUCUCCACCAGCUGAGGUACUGAUGCGCGAGUAUCGGGAGCGAUGGGACCGGGGCGAUGAAGUUGAGACAAUCCUGACGGAGACUACCAAGAGUUAA